AUGAGGUUCGGGCAGGUGGUUUUCUAUGAGCCCCGGGAAGGGAACAUCUCUGUGUACCUGGACAAGAUGCGCUACAGCUGCGAGCUCAACUACGCCCUCAUCAGAAACGAGAACGCCAUGUGCAGCGCCAACGCCACCUGGAGCCACAUUCCUGAAUGCCCCGAUGUAAACUGUCAGCGCCCGACAGAAAUCGCCAAUGGGUACAUGAGCUUGGCCCCUUAUCAGAAGUACAACUACAAGGAGGUGGUGACGUAUGGGUGUAACCCGCCAUACGCGCUUGUGGGCUCCCUCACCUUCUACCACGACAAAGAUGGAGAAUGGACGGAGAAGGCGCUUUGCCAGGGUAAGUCCUGUGACCACCUGCACUGCUGCGUCCGCCAUCCCUGCACGGCCCAUCCUAAGGCCAUCGUCCUGCACAGUGGGCGCAAGACGCACGCGGACAAGAUUUCACGCCAGGAGAUCCAAUAUGGCGACGUGAACACCUAUUACUGCAAGGACAAGAAGGAGAACUGCACCUUCACCGUGCCCGGCCGCUGCCACAACGGCAACUUCACCAUGUCCGUCUGCUACAAAAGUGACCAACGUCCGACCAGAGGAGCAGUGGCUGACAUAGGUUCAGCAUACUUUGAAAGAGAUAUCCAUGGUCUAAUCGAGAGAAUCAUAAGGAAAAUCAAAAGAUUACCCACCACCGAAUUAAGACUGCCUUCCCCAAGCAUGAUCAGCGGCACCUGGCAGACUAUUGGGAAGACACUACCACCAGCAAAUACCAAUAAAGAAAAUACCAACGAUGGAGAUCUCCAUGCACUGGACACCAUCAAGGACUUCAUAAAGAACGAAGUAGACUGGCCCAACCCCCUCCUCGUCCCCUCACAACUUCCAAAGUAUGAAGAUCACACAUUUCUUCAGCCCAAUACCGUUAUCCCGAAAAAGAACAAAAAACAAUUCCGGGGAUGUAGAGGGGAAAGAGCAAAACACUCCAAGAAAGAAAAAACUCAAAUCCCAAUCUGUAAUAUUAGAUGA